UAUUACCUUUUCACCUGAUUUUAACCUGGUCGCUGUCAAAGUCCUACCAGCACUUUUACGUGCGGAAUUUGUUUUGCAUUUAUUCCAGCUUAGUUUCUCCGCAAAGUACCAAAGAUGUCUGUGAAGAUUCUCAACAAACUCCUUCUUACGAUUGGAGUCAUUUCAUUACUUCAUGCAGCUUAUUCGGCAGCUCAAUAUCGGACUUUCCUAAGAAUCACAGAACAGGACUCGAGCCAGCUCCCGUUCGACAUUGUUCUCCAAGCCCUAGUCAGUCUGUUCGUGAUCGUCUACAACAUAAUCCAGGUCGUCGGCGACUUUAAGGAGAUCCGAGCGGCGGUUGAGCUGCAGGAGAAGACCUGGGAGACUUUGUCCAACAUUCCAUCAUUUUACAUUUUCAACCAUCGGGGGAAGGCGCUGGCGCCCAACUACGUCCCUCCGUCGGGCAGUGGAAAGGCGGACUUGAGCUCGGCGGACUGAGCGGAUUCGGAUUUAGUUUUAAUAAAUUAUCUUUCGUUUGCCAUGGUUUCACCCAUCGAUGAGUUUGUGAUGUGGGAUUGCGUCAAAUAAAGGGAACGGAUUGGAUCUA